AUGGAGACCAAGAAUUGCUUUAAGCAGAGCUGUAAGCAUGAAGCUGAAUAUGUAUGCAAAUCCAAUACUCCUGAAUCUUAUUUAUGCAAAAGACACUUCGAGGAGUAUGCUUCGAGCAAUAGAGAUCAUAAUUUUGAGCCCCUUUACUUACAGCCAGCUGAAGGGACAAGAGAGGCAAUCAUUAAUAUUCUUGAGAAAACAAAGCACAAGCAAGAAAGUUAA